AUGUCGGUGGAAAUGCCAAUAGACGAGGAAGAUUACCGCCCUCCCCUGCCGGAGCGGCCGCUGCUGGUCAACACACCAUCACUAGGCGUCCUUGAGAUUGAGAGCCUCCCAUCGACGCAGCUGAAGCGGGCACCCGGCAUGGUUGCCAACUGCGUCUUGUACGCCGCGUUGGCUGUCGCGGUGUGGGUCAUCAUCUGUAUCACGGCGCAUCGGCCCAUCAAUGCUCACAGCUUCACCUACGAUCAGACAUGGGCCGCGGAUCACACCGACAAGUUUCAGAAAGAGAGGAACCUAGGGUCGUACGGGCUGAUUGAAUGUGAAAGCUACAUCAAGGCCGCGAGGGUCAUGCAAGCCCUUGUGGGUAUCCUGACCAUUCCGCUCACGUCGGCCGUCUGCUCCCGUGCUUCAGUGGACUGGAACAAGCAGACAGUACUAUGUCACUUCGUUGCGAAGCUCCUCGGCUGUAGCCUAGAGAGCGACGUGCAAUCCACGCUCUGGUUAGACACCAGCUACUGCGACAAGCGGACGGGCGCCAACGUGCCCUACCUCAACUGCGAAGCAUCUUUCCAAAACACGCUCAAGGAGCUUGUCUACCUAAAGGAUACGUUCUGGGCACCUCUGCCGUUCAAGUUCAACACGGGCGCGAUGACGCAGUUUGCGCCGCGCCUCAACUCAUCGGUCCGGUACCAAGACUGGGCCGGCGAGCCGCUACCGGCAAGCUGCCGCCGAAACACGAGCUUUUGGGCCAAGACGUCGGCACAGGAUCUCGGUUACAACGCCACCGUUUGCGUCCCGGACGUGUACGCGCGCAGCCCGUGGUUGCUGCAGCGCCGGUCCCAGGAUUUCAUCAAGGAGCUCUACCUCGACGUCAGCUUUGGCGGGCCGAUACUCGAAGAGCUCAGCAGCGGCCAGUACACCGCCAGGUGA